AUGCGGCCCAUGAUAGCGGCGGUAGGAGACGAUAGCUCUGGGAAGGUUCUGCGACGCACAGCAGCUCGACGUCGGUGCAGAUAUGGCGAGGACAAGCUCCUCAACUUCCUCGCGUGCAACAGCGCUGAUGGAGGAUGCGACAAUGGCGAUGGUAAAAAGAAAUUAGAACAUUUUAUAAUGAAAAAGCAAAGUAAAAUUGAUGCAAUUUUUAAGAGAAAAGCUACUGAUAAUGUUGGAGUUCAAACAAGCCAACCCUCUAAUCCUAUUUCACAAGAAGGUCAAGUAAGUGAGCUCUCUAAUCUUACUCAAAAUACAUAUCAACAAGAAACUAAAGUACCAAGAUUAGAAAGAGAUGUUGAUAUCUCUUUACUAGAAAGGGAUCCAGGAAAGCGACGUCCAAUUUGGCAGUAUAAUGUCAAUGAACGUGAUAAGAUUCGUAGAGCAUACAUAAUAGCUGGGCCAUACCAACCAACAAAUAUUAGCUAUCCAGCUUCUGGUAACAACAAUCACCGUCGAUAUUUUCAAUCUUCUUGGUUUAAGAAAUUUCCAAGUUGGUUAGAAUAUUCACCAGAAAAAGAUGCUGCUUAUUGUUUGCCUUGCUACUUGUUUGGUAAACAUUAUGGUGCUCGCAAUGAUGGAAAAAAUGCAUUUUCAGAGUUAGGAUUUAGUAACUGGAAGAAAGUAAACAAUGGGGUAAAUUGUGCAUUUGUAUGUCAUGAGGGUUCUAUUGCUAAUUCUCCCCAUAAUUUAUGUGUGAAAUCUUGUGAUGAUUUGAUGGCUCAAUCUAAGCAUAUAGACAAAGUUCUUGAUAGGCAUAGUGAUGAAAUUAUUGCAAAUAACCGUUUAAGGUUGAAGACAUCUAUUAAUGCUAUUCGAUGGCUUGCAUUUCAAGCAUGUGCAUUUAGAGGCGAUGAUGAAAGUCCUGGAUCUUUGAAUAGGGGGAAUUUUAUUGAGUUAAUUAAGCUUUUAGCUUCCUGUAAUCAGAAUGUUCAUAAUGUUGUCCUUGAAAAUGCUCCUGGAAAUGCUCAAUAUAUAUCUCCCAGUGUUCAAAAAGAUAUAUUGCAUAUCUUUGCUAGAAAAGUGCGUGCAACAAUUCGAGAAGAAAUUGGUGAUUCUAAAUUUUGUAUAAUUAUUGAUGAAGCAAGAGAUGAGUCAAAGCGAGAACAAAUGUCUGUGGUUUUGAGAUUUGUAGACAAGCACGGUUGUGUUCAAGAAAGAUUUUUUGAUCUUAUACAUGUUUCUGAUACAUAUUCUUUGACAUUGAAAACAGAAAUUUCAUCAGUUCUUUCUCGUCAUAAUCUUGAUAUCCAAAAUCUUAGGGGACAAGGGUACGAUGGAGCUAGUAAUAUGCGUGGUGAAUGGAAUGGAUUGCAAGCUCUAUUUUUGAAAGAUUGCCCUUUUGCUUAUUACAUUCAUUGUCUUGCUCAUCGAUUACAAUUAGCACUUGUUUCUGCAGCCAAAGAAGUAGUGGACUUAAUCAAUUGGUACUUUGCAAAGAGCUGGAGUACUAGAUGGGGUCAUUUGAAUUCUGUACGUAGCUUGUUAUGCAUGUUUGAUGCUACUUGUGAAGUUCUUGAAAAAAGCACCGAAGAAGGUAAUUUCUCCACUCGUGGUGAUGCUAGUGCUGCUUAUGAUGCUAUCACAUCCUUUGAAUUUGUCUUUGUUUUGCAUUUGAUGAGAAAUAUUUUGGAAGUUAGUCAUGAUCUUUGUCAAGCUUUGCAACGAAAAAAUCAAGACAUAUUGAAUGCUUUAACUCUGGUUUCUACUACGAAGACUUUAAUCCAAAGAAUGAGAGAAUCAAGUUGGGAGGCUUUCAUUAAAGAAGUUAUAUUAUUUUGUGAGAAACAUGAAGUUGAAGUUCCUGAUAUGAAUGCAUUGCAUAUUCCUAGAAGAGGCCGGACUCGCAAAAUUGUUGAUCAAAUUUCAGUAGAGCAUCAUUACCGUGUUAAUUUAUUUCUGGUUGUAAUUGAUACACAAUUGCAAGAGCUUAAUGGAAGAUUCAAUGAUAAUAUGGUGGAAUUGCUUACUUUAAGUUCAACUUUAGAUCCCAGAGAUAAUUAUAAGUUCUUCAGUGUCAACAAAGUAUGUGAAUUAGUAGAACGGUUUAUCCAGUGA